ACCCACUCACCCACAAAUCACACCCCCAAACCAGAACACCUCUCAGCACAAACCCCCAGCAUGGCCGACACCUGCUGUUCCAGGACUUGUGUUGUUGCUGCAUCCACCUUGUCUGUCUGCUCCAGCGACUUGAGCUGUGGCAACUGGGUCAGCUCGCCCAGUGCCUGCAUCGGCUCCUCCUGGCAGGUGGAUGAUUGCCAGGAGACCUGCUGCGAGCCCCCCUGCUGUGCCCCCAGCUGCUGUGCCCCAGCCCCGCGCCUGACCCUCAUCUGUGCUCCAGUGGGCUGCGAGUCCAGCCCCUGCUGCCAAGCAGCCUGCAGCAGCUCCUCUCCCUGCCAGCAGGCCUGCUGUGUGCCUGUCUGCUGCAAGCCAGUCUCUUGUGCACCUGUGUGCUGCAGGCCCGUCUGCUGCACAUCUGUCUGUUGCACACCUGUCUGCUGCAGGCCCGUCUGCUGCACAUCUGUCUGUUGCACACCUCUCUGCUGCAGGCCCGUGUGCUGUAAGGCCUCCCCCUGCUCAGACCCCUCAUCUUGCUGCAGACCCUCCUCCUCCGUGUCCCUCCUCUGCCGCCCCGUGUGCCGCCCCGCCUGCUGUGUGCCCACCUCCUCCUGCCAGCCCAGCUGCUGCCACCCGGCCUCCUCUCUGUCCCUCCUCUGCCAACCCUCAUGCUCCAGCCCAGCCUGCUGAGUCCCCACCUGGGUCUUGGAGCCCUGCUGCUGGCGUGACGUGUCCCCUUGGAGCCAGCAGGUUCCAGGGAUCUUGCCCUCCACAGACACACUUGAGCUCUCUGAUCCCCCUGGCUUGCUCAGCCUGUCCUCCCCAAGUCUGAUUCAGCACAUGGAAAAGACCAGACCCCACCACACCCCAGCCCUGGCCAAGCUCUGGGGGCCUGACCUGCUCAGGGAACUCCUCUCCUGACCCUGGCCAGUGAGUGCCCUGGCUGCUCCAUACCUGCUUCCUUGAUCCCUGAUCAUCCUGGGCCCUGCCGACCCUGGUCAUGACCUGAGCAGUGUUGCUCUGCAUCUCUGAGCACCAAUAAAAUUUCUGCUCCCCUUA